GUUAGGUUUAAGGCCAAGAUUGCAAGGGUCUGAUGCCUGGUUUGUGGUCCCCUUAUGCGCCUUAUGCUGUUAAUGUGGUGGUGGAAGGUAUUUUGCUUUUUAAAUUCCCGCAUUUUGUGGUGCAUUGAAACCAGUUGAUUGUCCGGUGUAGAGAUGGCAGUGUGUACAGUGGAGAGAAUUCAGUAAGUUGAGUGUGAUUCCUAACCUCAUGUUCACGAGUUCACGAGGAUAUCUCGCUGAUCUGUGUUGGAAACUGUGGGUGAGGUUGGCCGUGUUGACCUAUAACCAUUCAGCAGGUUCUGCAGUAUUCAUUGCCGCAGAUCCGUGGCCCCAGGAAUAGGUUGCGAAAGGCAGGUUGUCAAUGCCGUCCUUGCCCUACUGUUGACGCAUUGCAGGCUGUCUAGGAAACACGGUGAAAGUGUGUUUGGAAUGUGGAUGGUAUGAACUAAAGACGGUAUGGAGUUUUGAGUGAAUACUUAAUAAAUAUGGUGAAAUACGGAAACAGUGACCAUCCAAGUGUAGUUCAUCCACCGCACUAUUUGCAUGAACUGCCCCAGGAAGAUGAAGAGAGAUUAGAAAAUCUGUUCAAGUCUCUUGACGUGGAUGGAAACGGAAAAAUAGAUAUACAUGACCUUUCAGUAGCCCUUAGAGAAUUUGGAGUUAAUCAGAGUUAUGCCAAGGUCAUUACUCCUUUGCAGUCCAAUGUCAAACACGAGUCAAGAUGGCAACAGCAAGAUUUCACUGGACAACAGAAGAAAUUUAUUGAACACUCUGAUCAGAAUAAAAGUGGAGACAUUAGCAUAGGCGAGUUCAUUCACUAUGUAAAGGAGCAUGAAAAGAAUCUGAGGUUACAGUUCUCGCACUUAGAUAAAAAUAAAGAUGGUAUGAUUGAUGUUGAAGAACUGAUUAAAGCAUUUAAAGAACUUGGUGUAGAAGUAGAUAAAAAGGAAGCUACAAAACUACUUCAAAGAAUGGAUCAAGAUGGAAGUCUGGCCAUUAGCUUUGAUGAGUGGCGUGACUUUCUUCUUUAUGCACCGAGCACUGACAUAAUUGAAAUCCUCAAGUACUGGCGACACUCUACGUAUCUGGACAUUGGAGAAGACUUGAAUGUACCAGACGAUUUUACGCCUUCAGAGAUUGCUUCUGGUCAAUGGUGGAGACAUCUUCUUGCAGGAGGAAUUGCUGGAGCUGUUUCCAGGACCUGCACUGCCCCACUUGAUAGGUUAAAGGUGUACCUACAGGUGCAUGGGACAAAGCAGCUUGGAGUGAAGGACUGCUUAAAACACUUGCUACAGGAAGGGGGUAUUUGGAGCCUUUGGAGAGGAAAUGGGAUGAACGUUGUGAAGAUCGCUCCGGAGUCUGCUAUAAAGUUCAUGGCAUAUGAGCAGGCUAAGAAGAUAAUCAGAGGAAAUAACACGAGAGAGCUUAGUAUCUAUGAGCGGUUUGUGGCGGGAUCUCUUGCCGGUGGAAUAAGUCAGACCGCUAUUUAUCCGCUUGAGGUGAUGAAAACAAGAUUAGCACUACGAAAAACUGGGGAAUUUAGUAGUAUUAUUGAUGCUGCCAAAAAAAUGUAUAGAAAAGGAGGUUGGCAGACAUUUUAUCGUGGAUAUGUACCCAAUCUCCUAGGCAUCAUUCCAUAUGCUGGAAUAGAUCUCGCUGUUUAUGAGACUAUUAAGAACUCCUAUUUGAGGCAACAUAGUGAAGGUGAAGCUCCAAGUGUCCUGCUUCUUCUGGCCUGUGGAACAGUGUCGAGUACUUGUGGACAAGUAUGCAGCUAUCCAUUAGCUCUAGUGAGAACAAGAUUACAGGCCCAAGUAGUCACAAAUGUUGGACAGCCCCAGGAAAUGUAUGGCAUGAUGGGAGUCAUACGAAACAUCAUUCAAAGAGAUGGCCCAUUGGGCCUGUACCGGGGCAUCACUCCCAACUUCCUGAAGGUGGCACCUGCUGUUAGCAUCAGCUACGUUGUUUAUGAGAGGAGCCGUCAGACUUUGGGCGUGAACAUGACAUGAUGAUGGGGUCCCUCUAGUAGAGGCUUGCCUCCCCAUAUGCAUUACCCGCUUCCGGCCACAGAGACAUUGGACUCGAGAAAUGUCUCCUGUGUCAUGCUAUUUAUUUAACAUGAAGGAGAAAAACCUCACUUAAAGACAGUUACACAUGACACGGUGUAUUCCAUCACUGUGUAAUAAUUUCAUCAACUGACACUUUACUUUUUCUCAAGGAGUAUUAGAAAUGAUAAGAAGGGCUAUCAUUACAUGUCUAAUUUCAGAAUAUUAUUAAUUUGUAUAAGGCUUAACUGUGAACAGAGGUCAACAAAUAUAGCUUCAAUUCAUCAGUGAGACAAAAAUUCUGCUUACCAGACAUUUCUCAAGAAGAGGAAAUGCUGUGCCCACACUGUUGUGCUUGCUCGGCACCAAUGUACUCACCUGUCAAAUUACAUGCGGGGCCUCAUUUAAAGGGUAGAGAAAAUGUGAUUUACUGUUAAGCAUUCAUGGAGAAAUGGAAAAAGGAAGGGGAAUAUUAAUAAAUAAAUUCCAAAAAUUUUAUAACUUUUCAAACCUUGAUUUCUGACUAAUCGAGGACAAGCAGAUGAGUUUGUUCAGUGCUGGCUAUGAGUCUUCAUAUCCAGUUCAUCACUGAACACUGUUGCAAGUUGUUAUGUUUGUCUGAUUGUACAGUCGGUGUCAUUAACAAGCUUUGUAGUGGAAGACUUGGGCAUGUGACUGACUAUUAGGGAUUACAAGUACAGUUUAAAAAUGUGGACAUACGAUUUUGGAAGUUAAGAAAUGGCAUUUGAAACCAACUUUUGCCUACCAAAUUUAUCAGAAUGGAUUAAGCAGUAAAUGUUUUAUUAUUUUAAUUUUCAGAAAUUGGUGUUAGGUUGUGAAAUUGAGUGAGUGGUGUCUCUUUCAGAGGGUGAGGUGAGAUCUAUAAGUUGUUGCGAGCAGGAAAUUGUGUAUUGUAUGCCUAAUCGUUAAGUGAAGUUUUGGAAACUGUACCAAAUGGUUAUAAUCAGGGAUGGAAAAAGCUUUGAAAAUGUGGCAGCCCGACAUAUGUUGGUUGCUAGAAAGAGGUGAAUGAAUGUUUUCUGGCAUCUUGCUGUAGCUUUUCGCCCUGCUCAGCUUUCAUCAUACCACUUGUCCUGAACAUCCAUAGGCCAGGCAUGAGAUAAUGUCAGAAGAAGAUGCGAUUUCAAAAUGAGAUUAAUGAAUGUAGUUUGGCAUUUGUACUGCCACAAGUGAAUGAGUGACGUAGCUAAAUUUACAAAAGCCAGCCUUCAAAUGCUGAGUGGGCAAUUAGUCACCAACCAUAAUUUUUCAUUUGCUCCUGGUGACCAGGUGAUCAUAUUUAUUGACCUCUCUUUGCAGUAACGUUGCAGUAUAUAGUAAUGGAUGUAUUUAUACAAUAAAACUUGCUUCUCGUGGAGGUGGUGUCAGAUGAGGAAAUGAAGUGAUCGUUAUAACAUAAUAUGUGAUACGAAAUCUCAAAAAAAAAAUUAAAAUGAUUUUCUUUACUUAAUGUCUCUCUUUUUAACCAGUUAUUACCAUCCAUGCAGUCCUGUAUCAUUCCGUUAUUGUAUUCUGUAAGAGUCUGUGCCAUAGCAUGGCUUGCAAGAGUGCACAUAUGUAAGUAGUAUUACAGAUCUGCAAUAUUUAUACUUUGUAAUUUGCCUUGAAAUGUAUGGAUUCCAUUUAAGGAUAAACACUCGGUAAAUAUGUAUGCUAACUGUUAAGAAAUGGAAUUAAGAUGGCAGGUACCAUCAUUCCAAAUGUAUGUCUUCAUUCAACAUAACUUCUUAUUGUUAUGGGUAUGUUUUUAAUUUAAUUUUUUUCCCUGAUCACAA